AUUUACGGCGCUUGGCGUCGCGCAUGCUCAGUGACGCUACGUCGGCUCGCGGGAGGCCCGAACAGAAAUGAUAUUCGUCAGUUUGCCGUUAACUUGCUCUCGAAACUUUUGCUCGAGGUACCCCCGGCGAUAUUUUUGUUUUAUCAGAAAUCGAUGGAAAUAAAUUUUUCUUUUUAAAUUUUAUUUUCAAAACGUCUUUUAUGGACCGAUACAGUGGCGAUUAAAAUUUAAAAAUGAAAAUUUCUACUAGUUUUUUACUUACGUUCGUUUAACGAGAAGCAGUUGUGAUUUUUUAAAUAAGUUUAUCGCAGUUCAAAUCGUAGUUUCAACUAUUAAAACUGUGCAAUACGAUGUAAUUAAAUUUGUUGUAUUAUUAUCAUCGUUGAUAAAGAAUUUUCUCAAGAUUUUAUAAAAAUAAACUUCUUCCGCAUUCCGACGGGAAAUUUUGAAAAUAUUCGAAGAAAGGAGUGUAGUCAUUCCAAUAUGGCGGCUAGCGACAGUUGCUGAGAAGAGUAGUCAAGUCGGGAUGCUCCAGAUGUUCGUAAAAUAAGUGUAAAGGAAAAAUUUUGAAGAAUAAAACUAAAGAUAACUUUGAAAAUAACGGAUAGCUAUACUCGUAUAAAAUGACUACGUGUGUAAACUUCCUGGAGGACGCGAAGUUCGCGAUGUUCGUACAUAACCUCUUUCGCGGUACUGUGAACGGGAUAUCGAUGGUGACGGAUUCGAGUUUGUAUUGUUGAAUACCGGAUAUCAGUGUCUCUCUUGUGGUGCGUUACGUUAAUUUGUAAAUCAUGUCUCUGAUCGACGUCGCGGCGACGUUGACGACUGACGUCAUGGCAUAUCAUCUGAACGACAGUGCUUACAAUGCCAGUGUGUAUAGUGAUAGUUCUGAGGUUGAAGAAAUGUCUGCCAUCCUGAGACGCUUUAUCGAUGAUCUCAAUGAGACUAAUUACCUUUUGAUCACACUUUACGUGCCCGUAAUUGUUCUUGCUGUGACUGCUAAUAUACUUGUGAUCGUGGUGGUCUUCAAGUACCAUUACAUGAGGAGGUACUGUCCCGAUUUUUCAAGUGUCACUAAUUACUUCGUGGUCAAUCUCUCCGUGGCUGAUCUUCUCGUCACGAUGAUUUGUAUGCCCAUGGCUGUUAGCCAAGCUGUGUCCAUCACUUGGGUCUACGGAGAGAUCAUGUGUAAACUGUUCUUCUAUCUACAAGGUGUUGCAGUCGCAGCGUCAGUCUUCACCAUCACUGCCAUGAGCAUCGACCGAUACUUGGCCAUUAGGAGUCCUAUAGCCUUUAGGCGGGUUUUCAACAGGCGAAGCACGAUCCUAGUAAUUGCGGCGCUAUGGAUCGUGGCACUGAGUAUUUUCGCACCGAUACUAAAAGCAGUUACCCUGCAAAGCCCCAUGAAGGAUCUAGACAACAUAACACUGGGUGGUGAUCUAACUGGAGACGACGAAGGCGUCCAGGUCGAGAAACUUGCCUUCUACAUUUGCUCUGAAGACUUCAAGCCUUUAGGAAUUCACGCCCAUAUAUUUGGCGCCGCCUGCUUCGUCCUAGUUUACGCAAUUCCUGGCUUCAUCGUUAUCCUGGCUUACUCGAUGAUGGGACGAACCCUUUGCGCCAGGAAGCCACCGUUUGACUGCGACAGUAUUGAAGGCAGCGCAAGUUCGCAACAGGGUUUCCGUUUGGUGCGUGAGAGAAGACGAGUGGCAUGGAUUCUACUACUACUUGCAGUAUUAUUUGCGUUAUGUUGGCUGCCCUACAAUGUUCUGAGAUUACUGCUAGAUCUAGGAGUUCUCAGUGAAGGACGAACAAUAUCGGACGUCCUCUCGUAUUGCCUCUUCCUCGGUCAUGCGAACAGUGCUUUGAAUCCUAUUGUAUACUGCUUCAUGACCCGCAAUUUUCGCCGAAGCGUAUCCGAAAUCCUUUGUCGCAGUCCACACGGGUUGUCGCGCCGGAAACCCCAUCGAAAAAAUCUCGCCUACACGAAGGUCGUCUACAGGAGUAACCAAAAGUCGCAGCCGUCCACGGGCCAACAACCAAUCACGAAUCAGCCUGCGACGACCCUUGUCAACUCUGCUCAGACAACCGUCACAAAUUAUCCCAGAAGGAUCCAAGUCUGUCAGAGAGUUUCCUUCGAUGACAGAUCCGCCAAGACGUGAGCGAGAGAGACGUCGCCAGUACCAUGUGCAUGGAUAUCACGAAAGCAGUAUUCAAGUGUCAGGAACUUUAUUAGAAUAAGAUAGACAAGUAUGCAGAUAUAUGGUUAUCUGCUUGUUCAAAAACGAAUCUGAACUUUGAAAAAUAAAGAUAUGAGUGAUGGGCAGCAUUAACGACUGCAUAACAAAUGAUGACGUGUGUGAAAAUAUUGUUUGCGAUAGCGAGCUCUUAUCUAAAGUAAAGAAAAGGAUAUGGAAAAAAAAUAAGAGGGAAAGAUCGUCCUUGGAUGAUAAUUCCUUUUUUAUUUUCCUCCCCUGUAUAAACAUUAUUGUAAUAUGACAAAACGAUGCAAAUUGAACGAUCUUACGUUUCGCCGCAUAAGAUUAAGAUAAACGACUUUGACAACCAACGGGGAUUAUCACUCGCUGAUCGGGCGGUAAAUUGAUUUUGAACGAAAUUUCAUUUACUCUUGUACUCAGAUAAACGUCGAAUAACAGUCACGUAUUGGUAAUACAAUAUAAAAUGGCAAUUUGGCAAAAUUACAGUGACGUAUGUCAAAUUAUGGUUUAUAACUGUCAUCCCUGAGUAUGAAACUGUGACAUUGUUGAUAUGUAAGAUUUUAUUUUGUGAUUGAUGGAAAAUCAGUGUGUGUGAAAAUCUAUGAGUGUUCCAUGUAUUUUCUCUGAGUAUAUUUAUUUAAUUUCUUUUUUUUGUUUGUUUUGUAAAUAUUUAUGUAUUUAAUGGAUUCUCGACAGGUCGACGACUGCUCGAGAUGAAAAUUAAAUCAGGAUGUACGAAGGAGGUGAACAAAGAGAAAUGUGAAGAGGGGGAUGCUGUGAGCGCCAGAGCAAAACAUUUGACAUUAGUUAAAUCAAGAAUCCUUUCGACGUUUUAAUAUCGUCCCGUAUACGAGAUUAAAGGUCAUUAGAUGAACGACGAGGGAGAAAUAAAAAAUUACGACUAAUGUAUAACAUAGGGUCAAAGCGAAUCGAUGUACCUAAAAUUGUCUGUAAUAUUUGUUAAAGGAAGUGCAAGGAAAAACACUGAGAGAGAUCGAUGUUGUAACGUGAUUUGCCUGUAUUUUUGAAUAAAUAAUAUACGAAAUCGAAUCGGUCAGAUUUAACCAUCAUUUUUCAUGUACGUAGAAUUUAUAUUUUAUACUUAAUUUUCUCAUUGAAUCUACAACGUACCUUUGUCAUAAAUUAAAUCAUUUUAUUUUCAGUUUCCCCAUAU